AUGGCGGCGCGCGCGGGCGAGGCGGUGGACGGGGAAGACGGCGCGACGGUCGCGGGCGAGGGCAAAGACGAGACGACGACGACGACGACGACGACGACGACGACGACGACGACGAGCGACGCGGAGGAGGAGAGCGAGUGCGGAUUCUGUAAAUACAUGAAGGGUGGGUCGUGUCGAGACGCGUUCGUGCGGUGGGAGGCGUGCGUGGACGAGGCGAAGGCGCGUGGGGAGGAUUUCGUGGAGACGUGUUUCGAGACGACGAGCGCGCUGCGGGACUGCAUGUUGCUCGAUCCGGAGUAUUACGGACCGAUGACGGGGGGGGAGGAGGAGACGGAGGGGACUGGUGAGGGCGAGGGAGAGGCGGCGAAAGAGAGCGAGGGAGAGGCGGCGAAAGAGAGCGCUUAG